AUGCCCCCAAGGACGAGGAGAAUCGUGUGGACUGAGACGAACAUGAAACUCCUGAUUGGGGCCAUGCCUAUGGUUGAACACUUUGACCCGCGCCCUGACGAGCCGCCCGAGGCAAUGCUACCUGUGCCGGCUGGGCCUCCGGAAGGGGAGGCCGCACAGGGAACGCGUGCCACCGCCCAACCCACUAAUCCUGGCAACGACCAUGAGUUGGAGCACAAUCAUGCUGCGCCAGCUGAUCAAGGCCAAGCUGUGGACUGGCUUGACGUCCCUGGGCAGAGGGAGGUCUUGCAAGCGUUCUUUCGUGUCAGCAAGCAUUUACCUCCAACAGGGGCAGCUUACGACCGCGACGAGGCUAUGACCUACCAGAGAAUCUUGCGAUGGGCUGGGGCCAUUCCAGCGGCCGCUUCACCGCAAAGAAACAUUGUCCCGUGGUUGAGGAGCUUCUCUUCCGUGCAAAUCCAAAUAUGUAAUGCUACAGGGGAGUUGUUUGUGAUGGUCGACCUGGAGCUGGCUUUAUUCUUGGCAGAUCGAGCGGAGCCAUAUAUGGCUCCUUUGGCUCAAGUCUUGCACGACUUUGCCAGGUGGCGAUACAUGGAUCCAGCCACGGCGGAGAGAUAUCUCCCUGAGUGGGAGUAUCUUGUUCUAACGAUGCGCGAGAAGGUUGCGACAGUGGAAUCUGAGGGAUAUCUCGGCGAUCGUUUGGCGCUGGAGGCCGCAUGCAUCGGGAAUCUGCUCUUGAAUGUCUUCCAAGACCUGGACAUGAAUAUCUGCGGCAUCACAAAGGCUGGCAUAAUCAUUCAGUGGGAGGGUCCUGCCACGGUGACCUUGUUCCCAGUCAACGUUUGGUUCCUGGAAUACGCCACUGGAGAUGUCUUCAGACUUACAAUGAAGGCGCCUUUUAAGCUGCAUCACAUGCCUGUCGCAUUUGCCCUCAAUGGCACCAUGGCAUUUCAGGAGGUCGAGCAAGGUCCGAAUAUCUUGCAAUUGAUUCGCGGCCCUGCUGAUGAUCACGGUUUGGACAGUGAGUUGGAGGGGCACUCCGAACAUGAUUCUGAAAUGGAACAUGACUCUGAACGUGAGCAUGAAGUUGAGACGGAUAUGGGGCGAUUGUCCAUCCUGUAG